GACCGUGCGAUUGGAUUUUCUUGCGGUUGCGAGUUGUGACUCAGCUCGAGAAAGGCAAAGCAGUUUUGGGGUUUUGGUAUUGGGUCUUCCCCGGUAGGACCCACGUACCAGUCUGUGGGUCACCCGUCACUGCCGGCGGCGGCGCCGUGGAAGCCCGGCGAGCGCCGCUGAGUCCGCCGUGUCCCGCUCGUAGCUUCCCGGUGACUGUGGCGUCUGUUGAUUGUGAUGGCAGCGUGACGGCCCCUCGGCAGGCAGCUUGUCGCCUCGCCUCCAACGAAUAGGAGCUACAAACUGCAAAUUGCUGAUGCAGCACCACCGGUGGCGUUGGAUAGCUUGAUUGCUGACAAGGCAUCACUACAGAGCUCAAGAAUGCCUUCUCAACUUCCUCUGAUGCAUUUCUCUGGAGCAAGCAUAUCAUAUACUCCACCACAGCUGCAUCACAAGGCAGAGUGAUCCUGCCAUUACCUGUGAAACCAAACUCCUCCGCAGCCAUCCUCAAAAGCUCACUGAAGACCACUGAGCGGAGGUACGCUAAUGGGACCUCGAACCUGCUCCCAUCCACUGUGUACACGGUGCAGUGGCCCCUGCCUGCAAUUGGUGAAAUGGUGCAGCAUCUGUCGUCGUCUUUGGUGGCUAUUUUUACCCUUUGCCACUUCCUCGCCAACUGAGCGAGCUUCUUGGGAUUGAUCAUGGUUGCUGCUUGGUUCUUCUUGAUUCUCAGGCUAGUGCUUGGAAAUGUUUAGUUUGUGGCUGUGAUUGUAGUGAUGGUGUCUUGGUUGCUAGCUCCUGUAUAUAUAGGUGAAGAAAUGGUCCAUGUCUUGAGUGCAGUUGUGCUCUUCUCAGACUGAUUGUCAGGGGACAUGGCCAUGAGCUGGGUACGUGCAUUGCUAGCUGCAGAUGUUGACACUUGAGAUUCAGAUCUGAUUUGCUGGGCCAUCACUUACUCCACUUUGAAGGCAAAGAUAGUGGACUAGUGGUUGGGCAAUGAGAUAUGUACUACAGUACUAGCUGCUGAAUUGGGCUGAGACAUAGUGCAAUCAUCCUGGGUUCUGCUUUUAUGGCCUAGCUGCUCAUAUCUGUUUCAGUGUCCUGUUUGAAGUGGUUCAGAGAUAAGCCGGUUAGGUUCACUCAAAAGCAAUUAUUUCUAAAUGAUUCAGGCCCUACCUUCUUUUUUGCUAACACCUAUUUGAUUACAAUUAACUAAAAAUUCAGCACCAAUCCCUCAAUGGGGACAUGGCAUGUUGGUUCAACAGUCAGGAGACUUGAUUCCCAGGCAGAUGCAGGGUUCACUUCACUGCUUCGGCUGGAGUUGUCAGUUCUACAGCUUCAACAUGGUUUGUCAGGUCUGCCAUGGGGACGCAAUGAUCGUCAACUGCUCGGCAUCCUUUGCUAUGCUUUGUUUGUGGAGCUGCUGAGUGGUGGUGUUUGGAGAAGUCUUGACCCUGAAUAUAUAGCUGAAUCAAAGAGUAAGGAAUCUUGUCGAGUGGGAUUAUUGGCAAGGGACAAGGUCAUGAGGACAUGGAUGCAGUAUGUGCAUACAUUUGAUUUGAGAGCCCUUUCUCUGCUUGGAUUGAGCACAUCCUAUGCAGCCAUGCUGAGCGGUUUAGUGGGGAAGGGGCACGAGGACCCCAUGGCCAUGUGGAACGGGAGCAACAUGAAUUGAGAGGGCCAGACUAGUUCGGCUAGACGUAGCACAGUCCGAUAUUGACAACCGAAGUCCAUGUCGGAAUCCCUUUCCGUUUGGGGGUGCAAGUGUCGAGACUGCGGAAACUUCGCUGAUAUGGGCGCCAUGAACGUGCCUGUCAUUAUCAGUUAGUUGCCUAGUUGCAAUCUUGUAGGUUCAUGUAAGAAAAAAAACAACGAAAAUGUAGUUCACAUGAGAUGCUGAUAAUCCAAUAGACCGCCAAUUGAAGAAGUGAUAUGAAGUGUCGGCCACAUUGUUGUGUCGUUCAGAUACUCUGGGCAUGAACAAUUGUCAGAACAUUUUCCUGAGCUGGGGAUCCAAUUUAUAAGUUUAAAUAGGGCAUACUAGCUACCCAGAAAUUUCGAUAUUUCACUGCCCAAGCACAGAAUGAAUUGGUACUGACGCAAUGGACCCACUUUACACAUGGUCUUUAUGAAGCAUGCUUCUUUGACAAGGUUGGUCAUUGGUCAGUAUGGCAGCAAAUUGUGGUACCCAAGCACUCGCGUUGUGUCGGUAUGGUCCGACAUUGACACUGCUACUAGUGGCUCCAACAAGUGGCCAGCAUAUGUCCAUAGAAUUCAAAUCCAAUCAAAAUCAGGCUGCUUUUUCUUGCAACAUUGCAUGUUCUGAUCUCAUGUCCUUGUCCCUUGCCAGCCUGAGUUGAAAGCUGCACUUGAGUAACAGCAUGCUUCUCUUCAUCCUCACUUAUAAAUCCAUGAGGCAGCCACGGUAGCACCAACACUCAAUCAACUAGCUCAACAACACCUGACCUGAUACAAAAGGAGCCCUAGAGUUCCAGAGACGAAGAAAGGAGAAGAAGCCAAUCAGCCACCAGCCAUGAUGAGUGCCAAGAGACUUGUUCAGAUGUCAAGUAGUAGGUGGCGAAGAAUGGCGGCCCUCGCGAGGAAGAGGCUCGCAUCGACACCUGUGAAAGAAACUGACGGGUCGUCAUGCAGCACUUCGUCGGUGGCUGGCAAAGGCCACUGUGCCAUGUACUCGGCUGAUGGUCGGCGGUUUGAGGUCCCGUUGGUGUUCCUCGGAACGGCUCUCUUCGGUGAGCUCCUGAGCAUGUCGCAGGAGGAGUUCGGCUUCGCUGGUGAUGACGGCAGGAUCACCUUGCCAUGUGAGUCUUUGGUGAUGGAGUACAUGAUGUGUUUGCUUACAAGAGAUGCCUCUGAAGAGGUCAAAAGGUUGUUUUUGAGCUCCAUGGCAAGGCCUUGCCACUAUGGAUCUGGACUGGUGCAAACCAUGCAUCAUACCCAGCGAACUGUUGUUCCUAGCUUCUGAAGAUUAGCAUAUAUGCGCAGUAGCAAGCAGAUUGUUUUCACCUUUUCGUGUUUGAUGUAAAUGUUUACAUAAUGUAGAUUGGGAUGGAAUGGAACUAACCAUAUGGUUCAAAAACAAAUGGAGCAGAAAUAUGUGUUUACGUCAGGGUUCAAAAUUUCACGAAAUUCAGCAAUUUCGGUAGUGGCUUGAAGAAAAAAAGUGAAAUUUUGUAUCACACUAGUACAUGUGUUUUUACUGUAAAUAUAUAAUUUU